CUUCAUCUUCAUCCUUCAACUAUCACCAUAGAGGGUUAUAUGACCUCAUCUAGAGAUAUACUUCGUCAAGAAGUAUCUCCACACUAUAGUGAGCCCGAGGUGCACCCCUUAGUCUCGCCACGACACGAAGAUGUCCCCACCUGGAACAUUCUUCCCUCAUAUCAACUCUAUGAGGCUACGUUUUCCAAAACUCUUCUGAUUUCCAAAGAAGACUUAAAAUUAGACCCUCCUUCCUAUGAACAAUCUUCUCCCAACGAGCUUCUAGGUACAGGUGAUGGAUACUUUGCUGGGGUAUCGAUUCCUUCUUCAAAUGAUCAACCGGCAAGGAGUACCACCAUCAGCCCUACAUCAUCAACUUCAACCCCCGCCUCAUCUUACCCCGCAGAGUCAAGUCGAUGGGAAAACUCCAUUUUGGGGAAUACUCAUAAACUCAAACGAGUAGGUACUCAGAAGCAACCACAUCCACUUAAGAUCAAUAUUCAAUUAAUUGAUGGACCUGGAGAAAUAGGAAAGGUUCCUAAUUUGAUUGAAGAUCCAUUUGAAAUUGAAUAUCAACAAGGUGAUUCACUCUUUGGAUAUGUGACUGUCCGAAACGAUUCUUCUGCAGACGUGCCGUUUAACAUGUUCUCGGUGGUCUUUGAAGGGAAAGUGUCAGUCAUGAAUACCAUUGGUGAUACCAUUGAUUCGAAAUGUCCUCUCAUAUUCUAUAAAUUUCUCAACAUGUUUGAUUAUAACGCCUCAUGGACUCCAGCGUUUAUUGAUACUAAUGUAAGAGAAUCAGGAAUAGAUCCUAUCGAUGGGACAACACUUCAAUUCCCCAUGGAAAGAGUAUUUGCUCCAAAGACGACCUACAAGAAGUUUUUCACUUUCACAAUACCAGAAAAAUUAUUGGAUUGUGCUUGUGAAAUACACAAUUUACUGCAACAUUGUGAAGCUUUACCAACCAUUGGCCUAGCUAGAGAACAAUUUCUAAUUGAAUUGAGAAGAUUGAGAGAACAACAACGUCCACCCGUUUCAGCUCAAUCAACACGUCCACAACUCAAGGCUACAUCAUCUUCUCUGUCUAUUGGGUCCAAAAACGGUGUUCAUAAGGUAUUGAAAACAAGAAUUAAAGAUUUCUCAUUCCCCGACACUGCCAUUUCAUACAGUAUCGAGGCUAGAGUGGUAGGGAAGGCUUCAGAUUACCCUAAAAUAUUUAAGGAUUCUAUCCAAGAUGAAUUUGUGUUAGUCAAUGAAUCUAGUUGUUAUGUCCGACUUAUCCCACGAGAAAGACUUUCACAAGAUGUUUCUAAAGAUCAAAUUUUGAGAGAAUCAAAACUUGUAUAUGAGAACAUUAUUCUGAGAAUUGAUGAAAGUUUAGAGAAUGAUCAAACUUCGGGAAAGACUCCUAUGAGGAAAAGUUCCACCAGAAAAUUGCCUCAUCUUUACAAGCCAAUGGAGAAAUUAUCUAUAUCGUCACCACCGAUUUAUUCUCUUACAAUACCUUGCAUUAAAAAGGCCACUCUAACCAGCGCGGCCAAAUCUAUUGGGGUUAUAUCUCUAUCUACCCCUAAACGAACAUAUGUGUUACCCUAUGUCACACACGAGACGAAAGCUACAAAGAAAAUUAACUCUCGUAUAACAAUCCCUCUUGACUUUACAUUCCAAGGUACCAAAUCACCUCCUGAAUUGAAAAAUAUUUCUGUGGAAUUGAUUGCUUUCACCUAUAGGUCGAAAAAAUACCCAGUACCAAUUGAAUUUUAUCAUGAUCUAUUAUUUACUAAUUCCUCUUCAACCAAUCAAAGUUUUGAACAUAUUGUGACCAAUAAAUUUCAAAGAUAUCUUACCACCAUCAAUAAACUUUCACAAGUCGUUGGUUGGGAAAAUAUAAAUGUAUCCAAACAACUUUUCAUGGAUAUAAAAAGUCUUGCUAAACUUCAACCAAAGUAUACAUCGAUCCGUGCUGAUCAUGUGGAGAUAUCCCCUUUGAAAUGGUGCAAAACGUCUGGUGCAAAUUCCUCGGAAUAUUCAGGCGAGACAGUUGUUUCCAUCAAUGAAAAGACAUUCCAUACAGAAUCUGAUAUAUGCUUAGUUCCAAGUUUCCAAAGUUGUAUCAUUGGUCGUUUAUAUUAUUUGAAAAUUACUAUUUCCAUGCAACAUGCUGAACCAAUAGUCAUGAAAAUUCCUAUAAACAUUGAAAAGAGUUGAGAUGAGAGAAUGAAUAAUAAUGAGAAGAAUAGAGUAGAGUUAUAGAAAUGUAUA